AUGGCGCGUAAAAGUAUGAUCUUUCGUCAGAUAAAUCUUGGCAUGGAAAAACCAUGGGAUGAAAAAGACCAAGCUAAUGAAAAAGUUCAAAAAUAUUUAAAUUCUUUACCAAAGUGUUAUGUUAAAAGAGAUUUAGACUAUGAUCUCUUUCCAAGUGCCGAUUAUUUUUCAUUGGAAUAUCCCAAAAACCAACAAUUUCAAAAUCACAAAAGAAAACAUUUUGAAUCAAAGAUAAAGAAAAGUGAUAAAACUCUAAUUUCGUGUAAAUCUGUAACAAAUAUUGCUGGAAAAAGAUACAAAAAACAUGACAUAAAGAAAUCAAAGUCUCAACCAGAGUUUUCAAAUCUUUUAACCAAGACAAAUAUUGGACUGGGUCCAGGCAAGUCUGGACAACGGAAGAGUUCCAUAGAUACUUGUUCUGAUAAUACAUAUUAUAGUAUACAUGAUGUGGAAUGUUUAUGUAAAAAAUGUUGUAUGUUCCAACCUAACGAAGUUUUAAAACCUGUAUCAUCAACAAAACAAUGGACCAAACCUGAAAUUGAUAAUCGACCAUUUCAUUCCCAGGUUUUUAUGAAGGAAAGUUUUGAGCAGCAUCUUGACAUUGAGGCUACUAAAAUUAUGAAAGCAGCAGUGAUAAAGAUACAGAAAUGUACAAGAACCUUCCUGGCAAGAAAACGCUUUAAGAAAUCCAAGAAGGCUGCUACUAAAGUACAGACUGCUUUAAGAAUGUGGAAAGCAAGGAGGGACUUUCGCGUUUUUCGAAAUGGGAUUAUCAAGACACAGGCACAGUUUCGUAUGCGAAGACAGCGACGUAAAUAUUUACAGACCAGAGAAGAAAUACGUCGUAAAUUGGAACAGGAUAAAUUGUUGAGAAGGAGAAAACAAGAAGAAGAAAAAAUGCAGCGUGAGCAGCAGGCCAAAGCUGCGAAGGCUGCAGCCAGUGUUAACAAUCUGGAUAUACCAGGAGAACUGGCUUUUGUAUUUAGUAAACUAGAUGAUUGGCAUAUGAUCCACCAUUCUCAGCAUGUUAAAACAGCUAGUGGUGAUGUUAGACCAAUGGAUAUGGGAUAUAAACUACCAGUGGAUAUUAAUUCUCAUGUCUUUAAUAAAUUUACUAGUGUUUAUUUUAAAGAUCCAUCUUGGGGCGCUAAAAGUGAACCAAUCAGAGGACCUCUUACAAAUGUUCAAGAAAAUGAUAUUUAUCAUAAAGCCAUCUCUGUCUUUAAACUUAUUUUAAGAUUUAUGAAUGAUACAAGUAUGUCAGAGAAGAGGCAAAAAAUUGUGGCAGACUAUAUUGUACAAAUGGGUUUACAAAAUGAAGGAUUACGUGAUGAACUAUAUUGUCAACUGGUUAAUCAAACCUGGAAGAACCAGAAAAUAGAGUCUGUAGAAAAAGGCUGGUUGUUAUUAGCUAUGUGUCUGAGUUGUUUCCCAUCCAGUUCCACACUCUUCAAAUAUCUUCUGAAGUAUGUAUCUGAUGUGGGAGUAAAUGGAUAUAAAAUAAUCUGUCAACAUAAAGCUCUACAGUGUGCCAAUAUUCUACCACAACUCAGUCGUAUCUAUCCACCAUGUUAUUUAGAAUGGAUGGCAGCCCAGAGGAAAGCCAAUAUGGCUCUGGAGGUCAAGUUUCCUGAUGAUGUGAAUAUGUAUGGUCAUGUUGAAUCCUGGACGUCUGGUGAACUUUUUACUUCACAUCUUCUUAAAUUAAGAGGUCUACCAGAUAACUGUCAUGGCUGGACUGUAACACUACAACAAGAUGUAGAUUUCUAUGAAUUAAUGGGAUAUGACUAUGUAUUGGAUCUAAUAAGUGAAAUGGAGAUAGCACCAGGUUUUCCAACCUGUAAAGCAUAUUUCUUAGUUUCUACUGAUAGAGCUAGAGAAAGACCUUCACAUAGAAGACAUUUCCAUUCUGAUGUACCUCACAAUCCAGAUCGUGAAAGAUUAAUGAUAAUAGUUGGUAGAUUACCUGAAAUGCUAAAACGUGACACAUCCAAGAUGGCUUCUGGUAGCAUUAAUGAAAUCAAACAACAAAGAUAUGUAAAACACAAGACAGCCCAAUCUUCGACAGUUGAUGAUGACCUGGCUUUCUCUAUGACCAGUGUAUUAAAUCAACGUCCUACUGAAAUCAUGGGCAAAGAACUCUCAGAGACUAAAUUAAAUCAGCGUUACACCAAACGCAAACCACAAGGUUUGACUAAUGGACAUUCAUCAGGAUUUACAAAUGGUGACAUUUCCACCAUAGUGGAGGAUGAUAAGGAAAAGGAACUGUCAGGUCAUAAAUUAAAUGUUCGCUAUUUUACCUCCAAUGGUGAAGUGGGACAUCCUCACAUGAAUGGAGAUUUAUCUGGAAAUAGGAUGAACGCUCGCUAUGUGAAAUCUGGUGUUCAAGGUAAAAAGAAAUUUGGUGGUGGUAUUCGUAAAGGUAAUAUGGAUGCUACAUCAGAGGCUUCAUUUGUUACUAACAAUACUGACUUUUCUCAUUGGGUAGAGGAUGUGUUUAACAAUGCCCUCAAUGACCAUGAUGAUGUGAUUGACAGCAGGUCGUUAGAACAUCGUAUAAAAGGAGGAGGAAAAGGAAUACCUGGAUUACAAACCCAACAGAAUACAACUAUACCACUUCCACUGGGAGCGUUUGUACCAACCUCUUUACCUCCAUCAACUCUUCCUGUAAAUACUGAUGCUAUACAACAACUAGUAGCACAACAACAACUUCAACAACAGCAACAACAACAGGCAGCUGUUCAGGCUUAUAUGGUACAAAUGGCUCAAGCUCAAAGACAGCAACAAGAACAACAAGCCUUGAUGCAGGCAGCCUUACAACAACAGCAACAAACCAGUGGUGUAAAUGUUCAACAGCAGACCACUACAACACAUGCUCUGAGAACAGCUCUUCAACAACAAGAACUCCAGAAUCAGCUUCUGAAGCAAUCUAUUGAACAAGAGGUUUUAAAGAAACAACUUCAACAAAUACAAACUGGACAAUCUAAUAUUCCUGCUAGCACAACACUAAGCCCUUCCAAUAGCUUUAAUAGUGGUAUGAGUGUUCAAACAAACCAACUUCCUGGAUCAGCAGCAGGGUUCUCCCAAUCUUCAGUAACUUCAAGUGUUGGUCCACAAACUGCUCCUAAGAAAGUUUCAUUUAUCAAAAAUAGUUUUGAAUCUGCCAAUAAUGCACAAAGCUUGAUGAAUCAACCAAGCUAUAAGUUCAGACAACAACAAACUUCUAGUAAUGCCACAAACAACUCCGUGGCAACUGCUGCUGCAAGCUUCAAUGGUGCCUCUAGCUCAAGUAGUUUUGAACAACAUCAACAACAACCUGUUACUAAAGUAACAGUCCGAACUGAAGAGAGGACUCGUGUUCAAUCCAAUAAUGUAGCUCAUCCUCCCCCACCACCCCCUGUUGUUCCAAUUUCCAAUGUUACCACAACAGAAAUGGUUCACAAACUUCACAAUCAGGCAGCAGUACCCCCACCUCCACCUCCCCCUCCUCCACCAGAGCAAUCCAACUUUGAACCAAUGAUUGAUAAAGAGAGGGGAACAUUCACCUUUAAAGACACAGAUGGUCGGGCUAGAACAAUUCGUAUUGGACGUGUAGUAUGGCCUCCACCAGUUGAUCAAAUUGAACAUGCAAUGCGAAAUGUUGGAAAACUGGAUAUUGAUGAACAGGUUGCUAAAGAUUUAGAAAAAAUGUCUGGAAAAGGUAAAUGGAAAAGACCUGAAGAACCAAAAUCUAUCCUUAAAAAGGAAGAGAAAGCACCAAUGAAACGUGCUAAAUCUUUGGUUGAAACAACACAUAUGGAAACUCUUCGAUUAUUGGAGGUAAAACUAGGAGGAGCACCUGCCAAAAAGACGACAACUACAGAAACAGCUAAGAAGACAACUUCAACAGCAUCAACUGCUAGAGCUAUAACAGCAGUUCCUCUUCCACCUGCUCUUCCACCACCAUUACCUGACAGACCACCACCUCCAAAACCUUCCAACUUAGAGACAACUACUACUACAGAAACUAUUAACAGAGUAACAGAGAAUAUAACAACUACAGAACCUAUAUAUCAGACACAUAUUCCUGUUAUAGAACCAGAACAACCCAAGAUUGAUUAUAUUGCUCUAGAACGUGUUCUAACAGAACUUUAUACACAACAGAAAAACUUCUUCUUAACCUACAGUCCUGUUCCUUGGAAACUUCAUGUUAGAAAAGAGGUAUUUUUACCACAAGAGAAACUAGACAACCAGCUGGCUCUACAUUUAAUCUACUGUCAAGUGGUACAGGAUGUGUUUAAUAAUGCUUGUAUCAGAAUAACUAAAGAUGAUAAGGUUAAAAUGAGAAGUACAUUGGAAACGUAUGGUAUUUCCAGUCAUAAUGUAUUAAGUAAAGAAGUGAGUCAACAGGCCAAAAAGAUAAUAGUUGAUACAGCUAAAGAAUGGCCAACUUAUUUCUGUCGACUUUUCCCUGUUGCUUCGACUGGACAUUAUUCUAAUAUAAAAUAUCUAGGAGUAAGUCAUACUGGUAUUAGAUUUGUUACUAGAGAAAGAAGUUUAAUAGAUGAUAGUUUAAUGGUUAUUGAAGAUAUCAGGUUUGAAGAUGUGGUAGAUUGUGUUAUGCCUAGUGAUAUGACAAUACAACUUAAUCUUAAAGUCAAAUCAGUACUCUUCUUUACACCAAGGGCCAAGCAACUGAAGAAUAUGAUUGAUAAAUUCUGUAGUGAAAGUGAGAAGGGUAAUAAAUAUGUAGUUGCAUUACGUGACUACGUAACACGAGAAUCAACAUUAUUAAGUUUCCGUAAAGGUGAUAUCAUUAAACUCAUGGAUCCCGAAAUGAAUCUAGAUCAAGGAUGGUUAUAUGGUUCACUACAUGGUAUAGUUGGUAUAUUCCCAGCUGAAAACGUCAAACAUCUGAUGAGACAUGAGGAAACUGGUGAUGAUGGAAGUGAAUCCAGUGUUGGUACUGUCAUCCAUGAUGGAAAAUAUUCUAUGAUGGAAUAUGCAAUGGUUAAUUUCAGGGAAACUAUAGACAAGUAUGAGAUGUUACGUUCCAAUGAUGGAUCUAUCAGGGGUACUAUUAAACUAAUAGAGAGUCUGAAACUUCGUAAUUUACAACAUUUAUCACGUCGACAUCAUCACAAGAGUAAUAAUAAAGGAAGUGACUGGAGUUGGAGAGAACAAGCUGAACUUAUCAAAUGGACACGAUCUCCUAUACAAGCAUCAUUAUUAAAACUACCUUCAGCAGAGUUAAAUAAAAUAUCUCUAGAAUGUUUUAUUUGUAUAAUGAGGUUUAUGGGAGACUAUCCGAUGGGCAAUAUGACUGACUAUGAUUGUGUUAUUAAAAUAUUGAAGAGUUGUCAUAAAUACCCAGAGUUACGAGAUGAAAUAUUCUGUCAACUAUGUAAACAAACAACCAAUAAUAGAAGUAUGAAACAGAAAAGUGCUAUACGUGGAUGGAGAUUACUGGCUAUAAUUUGUGCCUUCUACGAUUGUUCAGAUAACCUUCGACCUUACUUAUUUAAAUAUUUAGAGACAAACUCCUCCGAUAUCUCCAGACCUUAUUGUGUUGCUGCUACACUUUGUCUACAGAAUCUAAGAAAAACAUUCCGUCACGGUGGAAGGAAGAAUGUUCCAUUACGAGAAGAAGUUCAAGCUUUAGGGGAUGGUAGAAAUUGUAAACGUUUCCCGUUUGUAUAUAGUGGAUCCAGUCAAUCUGGUGGUAUGAUACAGGUUAAAUCUUGUACAGUAGUACAAGAUGCUAUUGAAGAUAUUUGUAGAAAUUUGAAUAUUUCUGAUCCUGUAGAAUUUGAAGAGUACACAUUAUUUUUACGAUCAAGAGAUGGUGGUUUUAAGAAGUUACGUCGAGAUGAGUAUGUAUUAGAUAUUACAGCAGAAUGUGUUAGAAAUCAGAUCAUGUAUGAUUUAAUCUUCCAAAGAACAGUCUGGUAUUUCCCUAUACACCAUUCAGAUAAUGAGGUCUAUAUUGAUAUGAUAUUUCAACAGUGUAUAUUAGACUAUUUGGAUGGGUUAUUAGUUGAAAUGCCAAAAGGUAUACUGGCCAGAGAGACAUUUGAAGAUCUGGUAACUAUGGGAGCACUGUUAUAUAAGAGUAAAGAUCACAGUUCAGUACCAAGCCGACGAGAUUUAGAGAUUCUGCUACCAAACACUGUAUUAAAUAUGCCUGAUGUUAAACCACAGAAUUGGUUGAACAUGAUUCAUUCACGAAUUAAAGAAAUACCAUCUCGACCUCCAAUAGCCUAUAGAGCUCAGUUUAUUGAAUUACUAUCUAAAUGGAAUCUGUUUGGAUCAGUAUUCUUCCAUAUUAAGAGUAUUCCAAACACUGCUGGAGAAUGUAUACUAGCUGUCAAUAGAAAUGGUGUUUGUUUCUUAAAACAUGAAACUAGGGAAGUGAUAGUGUAUCAUCCAUUUGAAGAAACAUUGUCGACACGAAGCUAUCGAAGUGAUAAUGGAGUGAAUUAUUUAGAUAUGAAAUUAGGUAAUUUAAUGGUACAGAAGAUAAUGAGGGUAGAAACAGAUCAGGGUCCUGAUAUCUCCAAUUUGAUUGGUCAAUAUCUACAGGUUAUAAAUAGACAUAGAAAGCGUCCUGAUAGACCCAGUCCAUCUGCCUUAUAAUCCAACCGAAAUAUUUUAUCAUUUCUAUCAGACACCACGCUCACUCCGAAUCUUUCAAAUUGUAAAUAAUUUAUAAAUAUGUACAUUUAAUAUCAUCUAAUGUUAACCUUUAAAUCAAAAUGGACUAAUGUUCAGUUGAAAAUAAUAUUUAACAAUGGUGUAAUUCAAUCUAAAAAUAAUUUAGAUCUACCGACGAGGAGUAAGCUAAGAGGAAAAAUACUAACUUCAUGUGAUAGAAUUCUUUAAUUAACUCAUAGUGCCCUAGUACAUUAUGUAAUUCAACAGAUAUAAAAAUGAUGUUCUGUUGCUUGAGAUUUCCUUUCCUUGUAAACUAAACCAAAUAUACCCCUAGCUUCCAAUCAUAGAUACUUUUACCUUGUUGUUCAGUAUACAUGUUAAUAAAUACUGAAUAACAAGUAGAAAGUUUCUAAAUUAUUACAGAUGUAUCCUAUGUUAUCUAUUAAAUGUUUUCAUUUUUUUGUUACAAAUAACUUACUGCUGAAUACAUGCUUGAUCACUUUUAUUCCUGAAUAUAUGUAAUGAUGAAUUUCAUUGUAAUUUAUCAGUAGGUAACAAACUUAAUAUUCUUUAAUAUCCCAAAAACUUUAUUGCUGCAAUGUUAAAAAAUUUAUGUAACAUUAUUUGAAUGUAAAUUUCUGCUGAAAUAUUUCUAAAUGAUGAGGCAUUAAUUGUGCAAUUCCAGCAUCAAUUUGAUAACUUAUAGAAAAGAAAACAAAAAUCAAAAGUGCUUAUGAAUAAAUAACAGACUUACCUAAUUAGAAUAAAUCAUUUGUAUAUAAAAUAUUGAUAAUAUAAAUAUUAUAAAUAUAAAUAAUGCUGUUAUUGAUAUAAAUUUAUACUUUCUUUAUAUUUAAUACUAUGCAUUUUUUCAGGAUGGUUUUCAUUGUAUCUAUGUGUUUAACUUUGAAAACAUUAAUCAUUUGUCUCUUAAUCUCUUAAUGAUCUAGCCACCAUUUUUCAUAAAUGUCUUAUGAUUUAAUUUUUUAUUGUAAGAUUUUUGACAAAUGCAGAAGUGCAACAAAUGGAACCAAAAACAGGCUACACAACUCUACAAAACUUGCCCUCGAUGAAAACCACCUUGACUAACAUUGUUGAUAUAAUAUAUAGUUAUAACAUAUCUUAUAAAUACAUUCCUUAUUAGCAAUAUUUAUACUAGUGCUUUAUUUAUACUUACUACUUACUUUUUUAUUACUAAUGAUUCAAUCACAAAAUCGAAACAUUUCUGUUCAGGUGUUAGAAUCUACAAUCAGUGUUAGUGAGUAUCACAUCUGAUUAGAAUUCUCUAUCUGAAGUUUAAGUUUGAAAUUAUUUAUUAUGAAAUAUAUCAAAAAAUGUUAUUGCUGUCAGGCUUUCUGUAUUAUAAGACAAGAAGACAUUUUGAUGUAU